AUGUCUCUUCCAUCGCCGUCAACGUCGCUGUCGUCGCCCACGGGUGACAUCGAGCUCAAAAAUGCGACUCAAGUGCUUGAGCAAGAACAGCCGCCGGAAGCUGUGGAUGCCUACCAGAACCCCUGGCACACGAUCUUCGAUCGCGGCGAUAUGCGGCGGCUGGGGAAGAAGCAAGAGUAUAGAAGAGUCUUCGGCCCUCUCGCUACUUUCGGCUUUAUCUCGAUGUAUCUCUGUACCUGGGAGUACAUCCUCGUCUCCGUCUCUGGCGGACUGAUCAAUGGAGGUUUUGGAGGACUUGUAUGGGAAUACAUCUUCACUGCUUUCGCUUUUGGCUCAGUCGUGAUUACGAUGGCGGAAAUGACAUCCAUGGCUCCAACGUCGGGCGGACAGUAUCAUUGGAUAUCCGAAUUCAGCCCGCCUCGCUAUCAAAAAUACCUCAGCUACGCAGCUGGCUGGACAUCUGCGCUCGGAUGGCUCACGGGAAAUGCGAGUGGCUACUUCAUCAUGUCAACUCUCGUUGAAGCGCUCGUCGAGGUAUACGAUCCCUCAUGGAGUUUCACGAAUUGGCAGUCAACGUUGGUGAUGAUAUUCUUCCUCAUAACGACGAUCUAUUUCAAUACCUGGGGAGCGAGGCUGUUGCCUGCGAUUGAGGUUGUGUCUCUGGUGUUCCAUCUGGCUGGAUUUGUUAUUACGAUCGUACCUCUCUGGGUUUUGGCGCCGAAGAACUCGGCUAGCGAUGUUUUCGGACCAGUUGUCAAUGGAGGUGGUUGGAGUAGUGCUGGCACUUCGUUUAUGGUGGGGACGAUAACAAUCCUUUUCUCGAACUUGGGACCGGAUGCCGCUGUUCAUAUUGCCCUCGGAUUCGCAAUGAUGAUCACAAUGCUAUUCACCGUUGGCAGCCUCGAAGAUGCGAUAAACGCAUCCUCACCCUUCCAGAAUUCAUUUGCGAAUACUGGAUCCACGGGCGUCAACGUUGCGCUCACAGUCAUUCUGGCCCUUCUCAUCGGGGCUGCAAACAUCACAUCCCUUGCAACCACUUCCAGGGAAGUCUGGGCAUUUGCAAGAGACGGAGGCACCCCAGGCCACCGUUGGAUCUCAAAAGUGCACCACCGCCAAAACGUCCCCUUCAACGCCGUCCUCACCACCUCCUUCCUUUCCUUCAUCCUCUGCUUAAUCCAACUCGGCAGCACAGUAGCCUUCAACAUCAUAAUCUCGCUCAACCUAAUCGCUUUUCUCGGCACCUACCUGAUCUCCAUCGGCUGUCUCCUUCUCAAACGAUUCCGACACGAACCUUUACCACCCGCGCGCUUCAGUCUCGGUCGCUGGGGUCUGCCGGUCAAUCUGUUCGCGUUCUUUUAUUCGCUGAUUACCCUCGUGUUUAGCUGUUUCCCAGUCAGCGUGCCGGUCGACGCGAGUACUGCAAAUUGGGGCCCUGCUAUCUGGGGCGGCGUGCUGGGUAUUGCAUUGGUGUCGUACCUGGUGCAGGGGAGGAGGGAUUACAAGGGUCCGGUUGUCUUUGUAGCAGGGGUCAGAAAGGAAGGGAUGGGGUUGCAGACGGCGUAA